AUGCCACACGGCGAGCACUCGUUCCUCUUCAGCUCGCUCGACUCGAAGCAGCCCAACACCGCGCGCAAGGUGCACCUCCGCCGGCUGUUCGACGUCCUGCACCUAUGCAUCCAGCGGCACGACUGGCCGCGCGCUAGGCGCGCAUGGGCGAUCCUCGCGCGGUGCAAAGAGCUGGACUGGAAGACAAUGUGGCGGACGAGUCUGCUGCUGCUCGGCGAGGGCGAGAGCGACGCCACGACCCAUGCCCCCGAUACAGACGGCGACAAAGUCGGAUUUCUGACUGUCAUGAUGCGCCAAUUUCCAGAGGAGCGCGAGUCCAUCCUGAAGGAGCUCGUAUUGCACCUGAUACACGCAGGUCAGCACCGGCGCGCGCUCGAGGAGCUCGAUCUAUACCUACCGUCGUACCCGUACCAGGACAACCCUGUGCUGCACGUCUACGCGGGGCUGAUGGCGCUAUACCUCGCGCAGCCCGCGAGCGCGAGCGACAUGUCCGAGGAGGCGACGUACGGUGCCCAGCUCCGAAACGCACAGGCACAUUUCGAGCGUGCGCGCGCCGUGGACCCGUCCAACGUCGUGGCGGACGCCUUUCUCAACCAGGUAACUCUGCGCACCAUGCAUAUGGCGAUGAAACGCAGCUGA